AUGUCUUUCGGUAUUCAAUUAGAAAACGAUUUUAAAUCCAUGAAUUCAUUGUUUGAAAGUGUUUUUUCUCCAUUUCUAGCCGUCCCCUCCUUUAAACCUGUCAAUCCAAGAACUAGUCGGUUGAAGGAUUCUUUUAUUGUCCCCAUAUCACCAUUUCCUUCUUCACUUAAUUCCACUUGCUUUUCCUCCAAGGUUAAUGAAGGGUCUCUUCCCCUUUCGAAGCUUAAACUAAAGCUUACUGAACCCCUAAAUACUUUAUGGCUUGCACUUUGGAAGGCUCAAGUAUCCGCUAAGGAUUCUUGUCUGUUUCGAAGUCUCCUUUUAAAAGAUUUAAGUUUCUCUCAAAUCUUAAAUGAAAUAAUUGUGAGCAACCAAGAUAGAAAUAUUUUUAUGGAUUCUCAUCAACCAACGUACAUUGUGAGGAAGCUCAAGAACAACACUCUUGAGAAUACCCAACUUAAAGAAUUGCAGGGUUUAUCAAAUCCUAUUAAUACCAAAAAAGAUCUUUCUAAUAAUAGUGCUACCAAAACCAUCGCUAGGGUAAAACAAAAUUUACCAAUCCCGAAACCUGCCAAGUUAUCGCUCGAAACCCAACUCGAAACCAGUGCAAUAACAAAUCCUCUCAACUAUGCUUCGUUGUCGUACCAAAUUCCUUGGAUUGCUGAUUGUUUUUCAUUGACCCAACAACCCUUACAUGUUUCGAAUCUUAAUGCAAGUGACAUAAUAUCAACAAAAGAAAAGAACUACUCGAUAAUUUAUCCAAAGAGAUGGAGCUGUGGAAAUUCGUCUCAAACCUCCUUUAUCUCAAAUGGCUCUUAUUAUAUCGGUCUCGCCCUUACAAUUUUGCUUUACUUACAAUUUACCACAUACUCACUAAAGGACUAUGGCAUUAUAUUUCCGGUACUAUUUAAAUUGUCUCACCCCGAACAAUCAAUUAAAGAAUUGUUGUUUUAA